GCGUCCUGGUGGCAUGACACAACAGACGGCUGAAUCUGCUGCAGGAACAGCUUUGGACCAAAAACGGUAACCGGGUUGAGAGUGUCGUCAUCGGAACCGUGUCGUUCACUUGUUAAUAACUAGCAGGCAAUGGCGACAUGCAGAGAAGGGACUCCUCAGUGGAAAACAACGAUUAUUGUCAGCACAUCGCUUCAGAGCCACGAAAUCAUUAGGAUGCUAAACGCUCAGCAGCACCGCAUCAGGUUUUCAGACAGUGUUCAUCCCGGAGCCUUCAUUUUUCCUCUAUCGGGUACUGCAUUCCUGAUGGUUGAUGCGCAAGACCUCCCAGAGCCCUCUGAAGAAUCGGGAGUCUUUGAGAGGAUAAAGAAAUUUGUGCAAGUCCACCGCAACUGCUUUUUACUCCUUCGUUCACCAUUUAAAGGAAAAAAGGAGCUGGAAACGCUGACUGUGAUUCAAAACCGAUUCUUUGGCAGCAAUCUCAGGAUCCUGCCUGUGCAAAACACUGAUGAAAUUGUUAAAGGGAUGUUAACAAUUGCCAAGGCCACCAGUAAACCCCAUGUAGACAGCAUCCGGGACCGGAUUUCUCUGGCUCGGGCUCACAUCAUUGAAAGCAGUCCUGUGUGGGAAAUGUUAAGAGACAUGCUGCAAAACCAGGUCUCUGUGGCCCAGUAGAGUCUGAGACGCUCCACGUGAUUUGAG